AUGAGACGUUCAGCAAUAACAAAUAAUGACAAUGAUAAUAAUCAAUUGUCAACAACAACAACAACAACAUCAUCAUCAUCAUCGGCAAUAACAAAUGAAAUAAAUAAUCAGCAACAAAAACGUUCAUUAGAAGAUUAUGGUUUUCUAACGAACUUAAAACGACGUCGUCAUCUUUCACCACAAAAUUCUAAUAUAGAUAUUAAUAAUGAUACUGAUAAUGAUACAAUAUCAUUACCAACUAUUAAAAAAAAAACAAGAACAAAAUCGAAAAAUCGAUCAAUCUUAAAUGCAUCUAAUGAUACGAAUGAUGAACAUAAUUCAGCAAAUGAUAGUCAAACAUCUCGUAAAACUUCAUCUCGUCAUACAUUAUCAUCUCAACAUAUGCAUGAAAUAAGUUUACCUAAUUGGGAACGUAUGUGUCCAAAUAUCGAUCAAAUAUUAUCAAAUAAACAUGCACAAUCAGGUGUAUUUGCUCAUGAAGUUCAAUUAGUUCAACAAGAAUUAGAAGCACUUUUAUCUAUGUCAAUAGUACGUGAAAAUAUUCUUAAAGAUCUUUAUAAUCCACCUGUACAUAAUUCGGAUACAAUACGUUCAAAAAUACGUAAACAUCAAGAAGCUGAACGAAUAUAUUCAUCAAAAAAAAUACCACAAAAACCUUUACCACCAUUAACAAAUCAACAUCAUCAACGACAUAAUGGAUCACAUUUAUUACUUGAUAGACAAGUAGCAAUGACACCAAUAAUUGGUGCACAAAUUGAUCGUGUAUGGUCGGAUAUAAAUACAUUUUAUCAUGAAAUAUCAUCAAAUGAUAUUUCAAUGAUAGAAAAUCUAGUCGAAUUUAAUCAUCAGUUGGAAAAUAAAUUAGAAAAAUUUAAAUCGGAAUAUAAUAAUCAAGUUAUUGAACAAUCAAAUAUUAUUGAACAAUUAAAAGAAGAAAAUUAUGAUCAAUUAGUACAAAUAUCACAAUUAAAUCCAUUAGUUACAUAUUAUGUUGAUAAAACAACAAUAGGAAAUUUUCAAACAAAUAUAUAUGAACAUAUGGGACAAACAUCUCCGGUUUAUCGAACUCCUAUAUCAAGUCCAAUGCAUGGAAGAAUAUUAGGCAAUAAUUUUGAUUCGAAAGAUAAUGGAGCAGCAUUACGUGUUUCACCACGUUUACAUCCACAUGAAUAUUCAAAUAAUAGAACAGGAUUAUUUUCAUUGCCUAAUGCUAAACUUGACGAUGAUUGUGAAGUAACAUCAGUAGCAAUAAAAUCUAAAAAGAAAAGUAAACUUAUAUCUAGUCCAUCAUCAACAGUUAAAUUUCAACAACGUUUACAAUUAGUUCAAAAUUAUUUACAUGAUCAACAUCCAUUAUUGAAUGAAACAGUUAAAAGACAAUUAUUUAGUGAUAUAAAAUCAACAAAAAAACGAAAAACUUCACUUUCAGUUUCUAUACCAACUGCAGUUAAUACUAAUGAUCAUUGUGUAGAUGUAUUUCAGUCAAAAUUAACAACAUUAAUAUCUUUAUUACAUGAAUGUUCAACAAUAAGUUCUUAUGCAUUAAAACGUGCACGUCUACAAUCAGAUAAUGAACAAACAUGGCAAAAAUUAAAUAUUAUUGAACGUGAUUUAGAAAGUUUAACUGAAAAACUUGAUGUAACCGGUGGUUAUAAUAAUAGUUCAAAUAAUGAAAAAGCAUUUCAAAAUCUUGCUCAAUUAUUAACAGAUUGGCAACAAGAUGAAGAAGAAUUUGAUCGACAAUUAGAAGAAUUAUUUAUUAUUGAUCAAUAG